GCACGAUGCGUUGUUCACCUUCUAUUGAAAAGGCAUGACUGAAAUGCCGCAGUGUUUGUACGAAAUCCCUUCAAAAGUGCUAUUUUAAAUUCGUAAAUAUCAAAUGUGAGUCGCGAGUUUGUGUUGUGUAUACUAUGUAUUAUUUAGACGUUUCUUUAAUACUGCCAGAUAGUCCUUGUUUUGACUUUACGGACGUCUAUCUGAAGAAGAACAUUCUUCAAUCCGUAAAGCAAUUAUUUGGUGAAGAAGGAAUCAAGUCUACUAUAGACAUCCUGAAAUAUAAUUCGAAAGAACGCAGAUGUAUCUUAAGGUGCACUGAUGAAUCUUAUGUACGUCUGAGAGCAGCUUUAACUGUAGCUGGGAAAUACGAAGGACAGGCUUGUACCUAUAUUAUUCACCGUGCCUCAGCAAAUUUAUUAUCAUUCAGUGCAGACAGUCGAAAUUAUCAACAUUAAAGUACAAAGAUUUAGAACAAAUUAAAAAAUUUAACCCAAUUCAUUCUUAUAUUUUUUUUAAGAAAAAAGUUGAUUUUUUGCCUUCUAUGUUCUUAUUAAUUAGUCAAUAAUGCCAUUCAUCCACAAAGAUGGUAAAGAUACUAUAAUCUUUGCUUCAAAGGAAGAUCAUGCAACACCUAGUAAAAUAGAACUUCCAGAGCCAGAACC